AUGGUGGAGCUGCUCACGGACCGCGGGGUGGACGUGUCGGGCGUGCAGCGGACCGACGCACCGACGCGCGACGUUUACGUCGUGCGCCGCCCCGAUGGCGACAGAGAGUUCGCGGGCUUCGGACUGGACAGCGACGCGUACUGCGACACGCGGCUGGACCCGGAGCAGCUGCCCCUGGAGAAAAUCAGGUCAGCGCAGCUGCUGGUGACAGGAACCCUAGGCCUGGCCAGCCCCAAGACGCGCGCCGCCAUGGAGACCGCCGCCGCCGCAGCACGCGAGGCCGGCUGCAAGGUAUUCGUGGACAUCAAUUGGCGCCCGGUCUUCUGGCCCGACGCCGAGGCGGCGCGGCCCGUGAUCUUGGAAUUCCUGGAGUUGGCGGAUCUGGUCAAGAUCAGCGACGCUGAUCUGGAAUAUCUCUACGGCCAGGACCCCCAGGCGGCCCUCCAGGACCCCUGCUCGGUCGCCCACAAGCUGCCGGCGGCGCUGGGCGUCCUGGUCACCGCGGGCGACGAGGGCGCCGCGUACUGCUUCCGCUCCUCCAAGGGCGAGCACUCCGGGUUUGUCAAAGUCUACAAGGUGGACGUCGUGGACACCACCGGCGCCGGCGACGCGUUCACGGCCGGCUUUGUUUACAAGCUGCUGGAGGCUGGCGGCGUCGAGUGCCUGGCGGCCGACCCCUCGAAGCUGCGGGAAGCCGUCGUCUUCGGCGCCGCGACCGGCGCGCUCACGUGCACGCGGCCGGGCGCAAUCGGGGCGCAGCCGACGCUGGAUGAGGUUGAGGCACUGGUGGCAGAGUCCAAGGAGCCCGCCUAG